AUGGGGAAUUUCAGCAUCACGUCCGAGACGGUCUUUGCGCACCCUGCAGAGAGGGUGUAUGAUUUCGUCAGCAACCCGGGCAAUUGGGGCAGAACGUACAAAGGCAGUGGAGGCAUGCACGAGGGCUCGAAGCAUCUGAAGCUCCCUCUGCAAAUUGGAGACACUUGGAUGGAGAAAGUAGACCUCCCACCCAACACCUAUCACUCCGAGUGGACCCUCAUCACCGCUCGACGACCCACGAAGUUUGUCUUCCAACAAAUCAACAAGGUCGGCGUGAACGCGGACGGCUCGGGCGGCGUGGAGGGCAUCACCACCAUCUCCUACACUUUCGAGCCCAAUAUUGGCCAUGGCAUGACUCUCUUCACCCGCAACCUGACCACCGAGCUGCCCAAGGGCGUGGACAUUCCCGACGACCUUCUUACCGUAUGUUGCCGACCUGGCGGAAUCGAUAGGUACCAUGCGGCAAUCGAAAAGGAAUUAGAUGCCGAGUUUGGGAAGCCCAAGGACGCCUUCAAAGAGUGA